AUGGAUGGUGGACCUCACAGUGUGGGUGGACCAUGGAAUCCCUCUGACUCUGAGCGACCUCAUCCUGCGGGGGAUGGUGCCGGAAUUCAGGGGGAGGAGACAUUUCCCUGUCCUGAGUGCGGGGAAAGUUUUACCUCUGAACUGAGUCUUGCUGAGCAUCAAAAAUUCCACAUGGGCAGGAAGCUUUAUUCCUGUCCUGAGUGUGGGAAAUGUUUUAUUCGUAAAGAAAAACUGGUCAUACAUUACAGAUCUCACACCGGGGAGAAACCGUAUUCCUGUCCUGAGUGCGGAAAAGGUUUUUCAAAUAGGACCAAUCUUAACACCCAUUUGAGGUUGCACACGGGAGAGAAGCCAUACACCUGCUCCGAGUGCGGGAAAAGUUGUUCACGGAAAUCAGACCUUAUCGUGCACCAAAGAACUCACACGGGGGAGAGGCCGUAUUGCUGCCUUGAGUGUGGAAAAUGUUUUACACAGAAAUCGGGUCUAGUUAAACAUCAAAUAUCUCACACGGGGCAGAAGCCUCAUUCCUGCCCUCAGUGUGGGAAAAGUUUUUCACGGAAGUCACAUCUGAACUCGCAUCGGAAGUGUCACACGGGGGAGAGGCCGUAUUCAUGCUUGACGUGUGGGAAAUGUUUCUUACGGAAUUCCAACCUUACUAAACAUCAGAUGUGCCACACCGGGGAGAGGCCGUAUUCCUGCCCUGAGUGCGGGAAAUGUUUCUCACGGAGGUCUUAUCUUUGCAAGCAUCAGAGAACCCACACAGCCUUUGAGGUGUUUUAG